CUAUAAAUGCAAACGCUGCCGUCUGGUACGCAAUGCCAACCCUAGCUUCUAUCGCGCCACUUCAUAUUUUGCUGUCUUUCCUACCACCUCUUCUUAUCCCUGUUAAACCCUAGCCUUCGCCGAACAGACGCUCGAAACAUUCACCGUCGUCAACACUUCCUGAGUCACGAUAUUCAGACAAACCGAAACGAUGUCGUCGGACGAUGAAAGGGAGGAGAAGGAGUUAGAUCUCACUUCUCCUGAGGUCGUCACCAAGUAUAAGAGCGCAGCCGAGAUCGUUAACAAGGCUUUACAGUUAGUGAUAUCAGAAUGCAAGCCAAAAGCAAAGGUUGUUGACGUCUGUGAGAAGGGUGAUUCAUAUAUCAGAGAGCAAUCAGGCAACAUGUACAAGAAUGUUAAGAGGAAGAUUGAAAGGGGCGUGGCAUUUCCUACUUGCGUGUCUGUAAACAACACUGUUUGCCAUUUCUCACCACUUGCCAGUGACGAGACAGUUUUUGAAGAAGGUGAUUUGGUGAAAAUAGAUAUGGGGUGUCACAUUGAUGGGUUCAUUGCUGUAGUUGCACAUACCCAUGUUCUUCAAGGAGGGCCAGUUACAGGGAAAGCUGCAGAUGUUAUUGCAGCUGCAAAUACCGCUGCUGAAGUUGCCUUGAGGCUUGUUAGGCCAGGGAAGAAGAACAAAGAUGUAACAGAUGCAAUUCAGAAGGUUGCUGCUGCUUAUGACUGCAAAAUUGUUGAGGGUGUUCUUAGUCACCAGUUGAAGCAGUUUGUGAUAGAUGGGAACAAAGUUGUACUUAGUGUUUCUAAUCCAGAUACCAGGGUCGAUGAAGCAGAAUUUGAGGAGAAUGAAGUGUAUGCUGUAGAUAUAGUUACAAGCACAGGUGAUGGCAAGCCAAAGCUGUUGGAUGAGAAGCAGACUACUAUUUAUAAGAGGGCAGUUGACAAGAACUAUCACUUGAAGAUGAAAGCUUCCAGAUUUAUUUUUAGUGAAAUUAGUCAGAAAUUUCCAAUCAUGCCGUUCUCUGCAAGGGCUUUGGAAGAGAAAAGGGCUCGUUUGGGAUUAGUGGAAUGUGUGAAUCAUGAUCUCCUGCAGCCAUAUCCUGUUCUUCAUGAGAAGCCUGGUGAUAUAGUCGCGCACAUAAAAUUCACAGUUUUGCUAAUGCCAAACGGAUCAGAUAGGAUCACAUCCCAUUCUCUGCAAGAACUGCAACCCACAAAGAUCGUUGAUGAUCCUGAAAUAAAGGCCUGGUUAGCAUUGGGCACAAAGACAAAGAAGAAAGGAGGCGGAAAGAAGAAGAAAGGUAAGAAGGGCGACAAGCCUGGGGAGUCGGCGGAAGCUGAGCCUAUGGAUGCAACAACAAAUAGUGCAUCUCAAGAAUGAACCUGUUUUAAAUUUGUCACCACCUUUUAUUCAGUUUUGUUACGUUGUUCUCAUUGUAACUGUUUGGUAAUGAGUUGAUCCUUAAAAAGGUAUAGUGCUUAUUGACGAUCCUAAGUGAUUCUCCUUUCCUACUGAUGAAGCCAUUAAAAUUUCAGAACUUAAUUACUGACAAUUGAGGAUGUAAAAUUCAGCUGCAAAUGCCGUUUUUGACGUGAUAAGUGAUUUGUACGAGUGCUUUGAGGUUUU